UGCUUCACAAUCAAUCAUCGCAAUCACCUCUUCCCCGCAUUCCUCUCGUCACGCUUAUUCUCCCUCUUCAUCUUCUUCUUCCUCGCCCCCUCACACACUUUUCUCGCCGAUUUCACCGACAGAGAGAGAGAGAUGAGAGACGCCAUGAACGGUCAGAUUUCGGAGGUCGAACAGAAGCAGCUGAUCGAGAAGCUCGACAUCUUUAAGAUCCACGGAAAAGACAAACACGGCCGCAAGCUCCUCCGCAUCAUCGGCAAAUUCUUCCCAGCUCGGUUUCUGACGAUGGAGGUGUUGAAGACGUACUUGGAGGAGAAGAUAUUUCCACGAUUGGGACGAAAACCGUUCGCAGUACUGUACGUGCACACAGGAGUUCAGAGGAGCGAGAAUUUCCCGGGGAUCUCCGCACUGCGUUCGAUCUACGACGCGAUUCCGGUGAAUGUAAGAGACAAUCUGCAGGAGGUAUACUUCCUGCACCCAGGCCUCCAGUCCCGACUCUUCCUCGCCACAUGCGGCCGCUUCCUCUUCUCCGGAGGGUUGUAUGGGAAGGUGAGGUACAUAAGCAGAGUGGAUUACCUGUGGGAGCAGGUGAGGAGGAACGAGGCGGAGAUGCCGGAGUUCGUGUACGACCACGACGACGAUCUCGAGUACCGUCCCAUGAUGGAUUACGGCCUUGAGAGCGACCACGCUCGGGUUUACGCCUCUCCCGCCGCUGAUUCUCCCCUCUCCACUUUCUCCAUGAGGUGCAUCUCUUAGGGAGGGGCCCACAACCCUAAACCCAGAGUGGUAUUAUUAUUAUUAUCAUCAUCCAAUGCGAUGCGAUGAGAUGAGAUCAUAUAAUAAUAAUGAUAACACAAACCUAAGACGAUAAGACUUUGAGGGAGUUGUUCACUUUGCUUCUGUUUUUUCUUUUGGGAGUUUGUUAGUGGAUGUGGAAAAUGUAUAUACCUUUUUUUGUGUGUGUAAAAAGAAGCCCCUUGUAGAUGAUGCUUGUCCAUUUUCAAUGUUGGAAAGCAAGGGAAAAAAAAGAAGGUUUUAGCU